AAUUGCUGCGGAAUAUUCAACAGCAUGGAGUGGUGCACCAUCGCACAAGCGACCCGCUCGCUCAAGCUCCUGCAACCCCUACUGGACUAUGUCCAGUAUGACUUCAAUGUCAAGAUAUGCUUUGCGACAACAUCAGUCUACGCCUACCUAUAACUUGAUCCCUCGUCGCACCAUACUAGCCUCUAUCGGAGUCUGCUCGCAAUCUCAAGUAAAAGCAGCCUCUAACUCCUCACCUACACCCUCGAUAUCUUCUCUCGGCAUGAUUAUCACGACAGUUUCCUUCUUGGUGCUAUACUGCAUCACAACCACUCCCUCAUGGAUCUUCGCAAGAUCCCCAUUUCUAUUUGCGCGACAACCAGAAUGGGUAAAUCGACGGGAACAGGUUUCCAAACGAGAACUCUACAUUGACUCGGUUGUCCUUACUUCCGGACGCGGCCUCAUCUAUCACUGACGCCACCUCGGUCCAUAUCUCUUACGCCAUGACGAUGCCGGCUGUCCUCUCAGACCGUCUUUCGUAUUGCUCUUCAUCACACCCCAAGAUAGAUCAGACACCUUUACAUAAAACUGCGCCGCACCCACGCGAGCAGCCAUUACAGGAACAUCGAUACCCACCGCAACGCACUUUGUCUGGAUCUUUUUGGUUUUAUGUUUUUAUGUUUUCUGUUUAGCUUUGCACAGCGACUUCGAUCUUUCAACGAU